ACAGUGACGAAAUGGAUCAAUUGACGAAAUUCUACGAACCCGGUCGCUCGUUCGCCAAGGACUCGAUCCGACUGAUCAAGCGCUGCACCAAACCGGACCGCCGGGAGUUCCAGAAGAUUGCCAUCGCCACUGCUAUCGGAUUCUGCAUUAUGGGAUUCAUCGGUUUCUUCGUGAAACUGAUACACAUCCCGAUCAACAACAUCAUCGUCGGAUCAUAAGCCGUACAUCCAAGCGUUCCCUCUUUCUUUUCCCGUUCAUCGUCACCGUUUAUCCUGCGAGCAGAAGCGUCCAAAAACCCAU